GCUCGCUCCCGUCACAAACACGGAAGCAGCAUGGCGUCCAACGGCGGUACCAGCAGCGGCUCCGACAGGCAACGAAUUGCACAACAGAGAUUGAGGAUAAUUGCUGGCCAUUUACAAGAACCACUGCACGGCGGCUCCGCCAUUGUCGCCACCGAGUGCAAAGCCCCGGGGAGCAAAGCGGAUGUCUCCAGGGAGGAGAAGACGAUGCCGAGGAGGAGGCAGGAGAUUAUGAAAUGGAAUGGUUGGGGAUACAGCGAUUCCAGGUUCCUCUUCAAUAAGAAAGGUCAAGCAGAAUUUACUGGUAAAAGAUAUACAUUAAGUGGUUUGAUCAUCCCCGGUUUGAAAGACUGGUUUGAAAGCACGUUUGGAGCCAGUCUGCAGCACAAAACUCCAGCAACACCCAUUCUGAACAGCAGCACCGUACAAGCUCCCACUCUUAACAUGGCCUUCGUCGACGAUUUGAAGUCCACCGAUAUUCCCUUCUCGCACGAUGCAGAGGACCGGGUGUUCCGCAGCCAUGGGCACUGCUUACAUGAGAUCUUCGCCCUGCGAGAAGGCAGAUUUGGUCGUGUUCCAGACAUGGUGGUGUGGCCCAACUGCCACGGCGAUGUCGUAAAAAUUGUGGAACUGGCGUGUAAACACAACGUUUGUUUAAUACCAUAUGGAGGCGGGACAAGCGUUUCCAGUGCUCUUGAGUGCCCCCAAGAGGAGUCUCGCUGUAUUGUCUCUCUGGAUACAUCACAGAUGAACCGCAUCCUGUGGAUUGACGAGAAAAAUCUGACUACCCACGUGGAAGCUGGAAUCAUUGGCCAGGAUUUGGAGCGGCAGCUUAAUGAAAGCGGCUACUGCACAGGCCAUGAGCCGGACUCCAUGGAGUUCAGCUCUGUGGGGGGCUGGGUAGCAACCAGAGCAUCGGGCAUGAAGAAGAACAUCUAUGGAAACAUUGAGGACCUGGUGGUACACAUUAAGAUGGUGACUCCAUGCGGUGUGAUUGAGAAGAGCUGCCAGGGCCCUCGCAUGUCCACGGGGCCGGACGUUCACCACUUCAUCAUGGGAUCGGAAGGAACACUGGGUGUGGUCACAGAGGUCACAAUGAAGAUUCGGCCCAUGGCGGAGUAUCAGAAGUAUGGCUCAGUGGUGUUCCCUAACUUUGAGCAGGGAGUCGCUUGUCUUCGAGAAGUUGCCAAACAGAGAUGUGCUCCUGCAUCUAUUCGACUUAUGGAUAAUGAGCAAUUUAAAUUUGGUCAUGCCCUCAAGCCUCAGGUGUCGUCACUUUUCACCUCCUUUCUGGAUGGCCUGAAGAAACUGUACAUCACCAAGUUCAAAGGCUUUGACCAGAACCGCUUGUGCGUGGCCACCCUGCUGUUUGAGGGAGAUCGGGAGAAGGUCCUCCAGCACGAGAAGCAGGUUUAUGACAUCGCUGCCAAAUUCGGAGGCCUGGCAGCUGGAGAGGACAAUGGGCAGAGGGGCUACAUGUUGACCUUUGUCAUCGCUUACCUCCGGGACUUGGGAAUGGACUACUACGUGAUUGGGGAGUCCUUUGAGACCUCAGUUCCCUGGGACAGGGUGUUGGAUAUUUGCCACAACGUAAAAGCUCGCAUCAUCAGGGAGUGUAAAGACAAAGGAGUCCAGUUUCCUCCAUUUUCCACUUGCAGGGUGACUCAAACCUAUGACUCCGGUGCCUGUGUCUACUUUUACUUUGCCUUCAACUACAGGGGUCUCUCCGAUCCAGUGCAUGUGCAUGAACAAGUGGAGCAUGCAGCUCGAGAGGAGAUCCUCGCCAAUGGAGGCAGCUUGUCACAUCACCAUGGAGUGGGGAAGCUUCGCAAGGAGUGGAUGAGGGAGACCAUCUCCAAGGUGGGCUUGGGGAUGCUCCAGUCUGUCAAGGACUACGUGGACCCCGAGAACAUCUUUGGCAACAGGAACCUCCUCUAACUCGUCUCCACCCGCCCUUCAUAAGACGACGUGCUAAGAGAUUCUACAAGUGACUGUUGUGUCAUCUUUUGUGUCAUCCGGUGCCAUUUUGUCCACUCGUGCAAAACGUCCUCUCGCACUUAAAUCACCGUCAUUGAAGCUCUGUGCCUUUCUAAAGCUCUGUCUGCCUUUUCCCUCCUCCUCACCGUGCGUACAAACAUCACGUAAAGCAACGUCGGCGUGUGUGUCCCACUAAUGUGCUGCCAUAAUACUCAUGUUUGUUCCUUGUGUGUGUGUGUGUGUGUGUGUGUGUUGGACCCGAAGCUCCUAUCAUGUGUUACUGACACACAAGAGGUGUGGGGGAUUUUUGGUUGUUUUUUUUUUUUUGUAACCCCGCCUCCUUUAGUGCGGCCAUGUUACUCGUGCGUGACGUCGCUCCUGUGGAACCAAAGACUCGAACACACGCGACCACGCAAACGACUUAACUGAAUUUGUCUUUAAUCAACAUUAUGCAAACGGGGCCCCUUUUCUGUGUAACAGGCACACAUUUGGAUGUCAAAGUCGUCUCUUGUGUUGCAUUGUUUCUUCUAAUUGUACUGAUGGUUCCCUCAUCUUUUCUUCCUUUGCAAUCCAAUGCAAGAGCUGGAUCCUAAAUUCUGCAUCUAUAGACGUAAUAAUGCUCAGUUUGGAUUUUUUAAUAAGGAAUUUAUCCAUUUAUAUCCGAAAUAAAACAUGUAUCUCCAGUUGUGUUUCAUUGGAUUUUUUUUUUUUUUUACAAAGAAUGUAACUUAAUGUCCUACGAAAAAAAAACAACCAAAAAACAUGUAUCUCCAGCUGUCCUUUAUUUUUUUAAUUUUAAUUUUAUUUAAUUUUAUUUUUUUUUUACUAAGAAUUUACCUUACAAUCUUGGAAAAAAUGACGAGACCACCCUUGUUUCUUCAGUUUAUUGAUCCAUUGUAAUUCCUAAUACAACUAAAGGUAUAUUUGUUUGGACAAAUAUAAUGAUGAUAACAAAUAUAGAUCAUAAGAGUUGACUUUAAGAGCUGAUUGCUAGCAACUUCCAUGGUUUUCUUGAUAAUAACCAAAAUCACUUAAGUUCUUACAUGAAUAGCUCUAGCAUUGUACUGCCAAAAAAUGUAGCUCUUAUUAAUUAGAUUGUUGUCAUUGUUAUAUUCGUCCAAAAAAAGGUACUUGUAGUUGUAUCAGGCAUUACAAUGGAUGAUGAACAUAAAUGAACAAGAAACUGAAGAAACAAUUCUGUCCAGUGUAAAACAUGUAUCUCCGGUUUUGUUCAUUUUUUCACAUUUUUGUAUUUACAUUUUUAAUUUGAAAUGUAAUUUUAAAAAAUACAUUUCCAGUCAAAGUUACUGACUCAUUGUAAAUUCUGCAAAGUUUCUAAACUUGCAGUAGUUUGCAGUAAAACCACACGCACAAAAAAACCUCAACUUCAAAUAUUACAACACCGUUUUUGAUCAAAUCUACUGAAAGUUCGUACGUCUUGAAAGUAAAUGGAUUUUACAAUGGGGAUGGAAGACUUUAGAGUGCAAACUUGAACAUACAUGUUUGUCAGUGAACAGUUAACUGUGUUUAUUGCUGUGGUUGUAGUUUAAAGUGGCAUAAUGCUUAAGAUGUUGCUAAUAUGUUGUCCCUGUUAAAUCUACAACAUGAAUAAGCAUACUUCCACUGUUCAGUGAAAAAGCAUGUAUGUCCAGUUUAAAAUGUUUGCUUUAAUGCAACACGUAACAAAUAUAACAGAAAAAGGGG